GGAACAGCACCACAGCUUAUGUGAGGACAGGAGUAGAUUUUUUUGUGUAAGAUCCACUUAGAGCAGAACAUUCAUUUUUCUGGCUGUUCCCCAUUGCAUCAGGGACAGAGUGCUGAGCUAAUCCAGGGAGGCGUCAAGGCGCGAGCUGUAUUUAGAGUCAGCCACCUGCUUGGGAAUAUCAAGCGGCAGAAAGAGCCUGCUUCAGCAAAAACCUCCCCUGUGUAUUCCACAGCAGCGGCUUCCAGCAGGCCCUCCCUUCUCUGCCUGACUCUGCAUGAGGCCUCCAAAGCGCUCAGCACCUGAAGACAGCCCUUAUCAGCCCAGGAAUGCUCUGAGCCUGGCACUCCCUCUGCCCAGGAACUGCCAGAUAUUUUGGACAGCUGCAAGGUGGAAUUAAAUCACGUGGGUGAAGAGUGGCCUAAUCUCUACAUAGGCAAUAUACAGCUUCUUUAUCAAGCUGAGGAAAACGAAAAGCUGUCUCUGAUACAGCCUGAGUGCAUGCAAGGGAGCAGCAAGAUGCCUCACACCAGAAACUCUUCAUCUCUGACUAGCAGCACUUCCUAUGAAACACCAGCACUAUCAGAUCUCCAGCAGCUCCUGUGGCUCAGAGGAGGCUCUGACAAUCACGUGGACCAAGUCUGGCCAAAUAUCUACCUGGGAGAUGCGUGGGCUGCUAGGAGCAAAACUACACUUCAAAGCCUCAACAUUACUCAUAUCCUUAAUGCAGCAGACGGACCAUAUAGCAUCAACACAGGAGCCAAAUAUUAUGCAGAUCUGCAAAUAGAGUACUAUGGAGUAGAAGCAUUUGAUGAUCCUUCCUUCGAUUUAAGUACCUUCUUCUAUGAUGCUGCCAAUUUCAUAGGCAAGGCCUUAAACUCUCCAGGAGGUAAGGUGUUCGUUCAUUGUGCCAUGGGAGUGAGCCGCUCAGCAACUUUAGUGCUUGCCUUUUUAAUGAUCCGUGAAAACAUGACACUUGUGGAUGCUCUGAAGGCAGUGAGUGCUCACAGAAACAUCUGUCCGAAUUCAGGGUUCCUCAGUCAGCUCCAGGACUUGGACAUUAAGCUGAAUGAAGAGAGGAAAGGAACCAGAGCAUCUGCUGCCAAAGGCCUGUAGGAGAGUAUUGCUGAAAGACAGAGGACAAAAUCUUGUUUGAGUUGCCUGUAUCUCUUAUAGAUGAACUGCAUUUAUAAAUUUAGGAUACAAGUUUAUGAGACACCAGGAUGCAUGUUAUUAAUAAAAAUAGAUUUUGCUUGAUCUUUCCAUUUUGCAAAGCCUUCCUAGAUUUAUAUUUAUGAUCGGUUGUAUACUCUAUCCUUCCCUCUCCACCUUAAAACACUGCUGUCUGCUAGUUUAAAAGAAAAAAAAAAAAAGAAAGAAAAAAAAAAGAGAGAUCAGGUUCCACUUCAGAAAUAGCUGUGUUUCAGCAACUAGUGAAGCUCAUAUCACUUUAUGAAGUGUUAGGCUAUUUGAGGUGAAAGAUGCCAUAUUAUUUAUGCUACAGUAAUGCUUAGAAGUUUUCUUACAAACCCACCCCCCACCCCUUCACUCCCUGUAUCUCAGACGGUUUGUAUUUUGAGACUUGAAUCUGGCACUGGUUAGUUCUUGGUUUUACAACUGGUGGAGCUCCUGAGCUGGGGUAAGAGGCUGUUUAAAGGCAGAGCAGCUGGGAAGCAGCAUGAGCCACUCUAAGAAAUUAUUCCAGGUAUCUCUACAGGCUUUUCCUUUUGGCUGUUCAUCAGAGGUUUUUUCCUCCAUGAAAAUGCAUUUCCUUGAGAGGGCAUUUAAACACUGUCCAUCUUCCAUAUUAAAAAUCAUCCAGGAAGUGCUGCAGAAAAUGGUUCUAAAGAAGACGGUGGGUUCCUGGCUAAGGCUGGUACAGGACAAUAUUUGACAGAGUUCAAUGUAUCCCAAAUUUGUCUGGCAGUUCAAAAUUACAAAACUUGGGAUUUUCUUUCUAAAAAAUAAAAGGUUA